UCCACACGGUGUCGCUGUUUGGUGGACGCCUAUUGGAUAAAAGAGCAACGUCACUUCCUUCUCUCUCUUCGACCACCGCCAUAGUCGGGAAAGGACUGUGGACAAAAUGUCGUCCCACAAGACUUUCAGAAUCAAGCGCUUCCUCGCCAAGAAGCAGAAACAGAACAGGCCCAUUCCUCAGUGGAUCAGAAUGAAGACCGGGAACAAGAUCAGGUACAACUCCAAGAGGAGACACUGGAGGAGAACCAAGCUUGGCCUGUAAGCAUGAGGGUUCCUGGAUCCAAGCAUCCCUCCAUUCCAACAUCUGCCAGGACCUCCAGCUGCUGGUCCUGAUCGCGGGGAGGGAGCCAUGUUAUCUGGAGCAGCAGUUGUUUUUGUACAGAUACUCUGGUUAUGCUCAUGUUUGACAAUAAAAGAUCUGUGAUCAAACUUGAAA